UCUCUCUCCUCUCUCUCUCUCUCUCUCUCUCUGCAUGUAUCAUCAUAUCAUCUGCUGGUUGUUUUUUUGUUUCUGUGUGAGCUGUGAAGUGAAUGGAUUGAGAUAUGGAUAGAUCUGGCUGGUGCAAUUAAGCACCAAAAUUCUGGUCAAAAUUGGAUUUUUCAGCAGCCAUGAAUCCAAUUGUUCGAAUUUGUAAUUGGAUUUGGGAAUUUCGAGAUCUAGUAGUGUAAAGAAGAAAAACAGGAUUAUUAAAUCAAUCGAAACCUAAUAUUUCUGAUUAAUCCCCAGUCAGCCAACAAAUAUGUGUUCUUCAGUUUGCAAUCAGCAUGAUGCUGUAAAAAAUUGUGAUGGAGUAAGGCUGUUUGGAGGUGGUUGGGAAGCUGGUGAAAUGGAAGACGGUGGCUUCCCUGUGAGAAAAUGGGAGGACCUGAAUAUUGACAUACUGGUGAGGAUUUUGCAGUCUUUCGACAUCUUUGAGUUAACGUCGGGCAUUGCUCACGUUUGUAGUGCGUGGCGCUUGGCUUGCUGUGAUCCUCUGCUGUGGAAAAAGCUUGAUUUGUCGAUGUUGAAAUCGAAUUUCAUCAAAAUACCAUUGGAGCCUUAUGUAUAUGUGGAUGGCCGGUCGGACAAGACAUUGACUCGUAUUUUGAAGACUUCAUUGAGUCUCAGUAAGGGAAACAUAAUGACAUUGGUUUUCCAUUUCAACUUAUUUGUGAGCGAUGAUCAGUUGACGUAUACUGCUGAAAGGUGCCCACAGCUGAAGCGACUGGUUAUGCCGGCUUGGAACAGAAUAAAAAAGACUGGAAUCUGCAAGGCCAUUCGCUGCUGGAAAGAGCUUGAAUCGCUAACAAUGCCUAGCAUAGCGAAUCCCCCGUACCUCUUGGAAGAGAUAAAAAGGAACUGCAAAAAUUUCAGUGAACUGAAGAUCAUGGGUCCUUGUGAUAUUUUCUUUGCUUCAACACUAGUUGAACAUCUUCCAAAACUGAAGGUGCUAAGCCUCCGGUGCUCGACGCUCUUAAGGGAUGUUUUGAUCAUGAUCUUGGAUCGCCUAGAACACCUAGAAGUUCUCAACAUCUCACACUGCCUUCUAAUCGAAACCCCUCCGCCUCCUGCAACUAGGAGACUUGUCAGACAACUCGAUCCGCUUAUUCUCGAGAAGGCCUCUCGGUUGCAAAGAUUUUUAACAUGCAUGCAGGACUCUUGCGUGAUGUGCCAAAGGACCAAAAACGACGAGGGAAUCAUGAGGUGGUAUAAGUACGAAGAAGGGCUAUGGAAAGAAGAUGAGGUGAGCUCCCUAGCUUGUUGAUUACAGCAAGAGAUUGUGACUGUAACUUUUUGUGUGGAUUAGAAACUAUAGCUCGCUUUUGUAAUCUUUGAUGACUGUAUUGCCUUGUGAACGAAUAAAACUCCGUCUCCUCUUCAUCGACACAUUAGACUACCUGAUGAGAGGUUUUCUUUUCGUUCUAAUUAAUGUGUUAAUACUGUACAUAAUGUGAUUACUGUAAUUAAUACUUUACAUAAGACUACCUGAUGAAGAGGUUUUCUCUC